AUGGCUGAAGAACCACAAAAGCUUUUGCUCAAGACCAGCUUCAAAUCUGUAAAGACCAUCGAAUCCAUUUACACUGGUGGCAAAGUUGUUAUUACCGACGAUGCUAAACAUUUGAUCACUACACUCAAUGAGGAUAUCAUUGUCACUGAACUUGAUACUGGAAAGCAAGUGCACGAAUUGGAAGGCGAUACCGAGAUUGUCACCACAAUGGCAGUGAAGCCUGAUGGAAAGCACUUGGUCAGUGCUAGUCGUAGCUUGUUCCUUCGUAUCUGGGACCUUGCUACAGGUGAAAGCAUCCGUACAUUUAAAGCACACGAAGCGCCUAUCAUUGUUAUGGACAUUGAUCCUACCUCAACAUUGGUAGCCACCGGUUCAGCAGAUGCCAGCAUCAAGGUGUGGGAUAUCGACAAGGGCUAUUGUACUCACAACCUCAAGGGCCAUGGUGGUGUUAUUUCGGCCAUCAAGUUCCACAAUUUCAACGGUAAAUGGUACAUUGCUUCCGGUGCUGAUGAUUGCCAAGUUCGUAUAUGGGAUUUGCAAACUCGCAGUUGCAUUGCAGUGUUACAAAGCCAUGUCAGUGUGAUCCGUGGUCUUGAUUUCUCUGCUGACGGUAAAUUCUUGAUCUCUGGUUCUCGUGAUAAGGUCGUCAAUGUCUGGGAUUGGCAAGCCAAGGAGUUAAGAGCCACGUAUCCUAUCUUUGAAACACUCGAAACUGUUGGCUUUUUGGAAAAGAAUGUCAUAUUAGCUGGCAAGUUUGGCAAAAACUGGCAAGACGCCGAUAUUUUUUACACUGCGGGUGAUUCUGGACUGGUGAAGUUGUGGGAUCUCAAGAGCGGUAAAUUGAUCAAAGCACAGGAACCCGAAAAGAACAGCAAACACACCAUCUCAGAUGUUGUAUAUAUUCAAAAGACACAGACACUAGCAGCCAUCACCAACGAUCAAAACAUACUCAUGUACUCACUGGAACACAAACUAGAACGCACCAAGCAAAUUGUCGGUUACAAUGAUGAAGUGGUUGAUGUAGCUUAUUUGGGCGACAACGAUACACAUUUAGCAGCAGCCACCAACAGUGCACAAUUGAGAGUUUACAAUGUCGAGACACAAGAUUGCGAUUUGCUUUACGGUCAUGACGAUAUGAUUAUCUCCUUGGAUCGAUCAAAAGACGGCACGCUUGUAGUGACAGCAUCAAAGGAUAAAACUGCUCGCCUUUGGAAGAUUGAUUUAAGCAACCCAGAUCAGAAAGAGCGUUUCAAGAGUGCUGGUGUUUGCAUUGGCCAUACAGAAUCAGUUGGCGCUGUCGCCUUGUCGCGAAAGUCAAAUUCCUUUAUGAUUACUGGAAGUCAAGAUAGAACCAUCAAGUAUUGGAAUUUGAGAGAUUUGGAUUUAGACGAUGCCGAUGAGGAGUACCGACCCAAAUCACUUUAUACUCACCAAGCCCACGAAAAGGAUAUCAAUACAAUUUGCGUGGCUCCCAACGACAAAUUCUUUGCGACAGGCUCGCAAGAUAAAACCGCUAAACUCUGGAGUGUCGAUUCUGGUGAAUUAGUGGGUACGAUGAAGGGCCAUAAGCGUGGUGUGUGGUGUGCGCAAUUCUCUCCAGUGGACCAAGUCCUCGCUACAAGUUCAGGUGAUAAAACUGUCAAGAUUUGGAGUUUGAAGGAUUUUACAUGUCUCAAGACCUUUGAAGGCCACACCAACUCUGUUCUCCGAGUCGACUUUUUAACUGCUGGUAUGCAAUUAGUGUCAGCUGGUUCAGACGGUCUUGUCAAGGUGUGGACAAUCAAGACAAAUGAAUGCGCUUCUACACUUGAUAACCAUACGCAGAAGGUUUGGGCAUUGGCUGUGCGCAAGGAUGAGAAAUACAUUGUUUCCGCUGGCGCUGAUUCCGUUGUGAACUUUUGGGAGGAUGUCACUUUGCAAGAACAAGAAGACGAAUUGAAGGAGAAGGAAGAGCUUUUAAUCAAGGAACAGGAAUUACAAAACUUUAUGCGUAAGAAGGACUAUUUGAACGCCAUCUUACUAGCAUUAUCGUUGGAACAGCCCUUCCGUUUAUUGGGAUUAUUCAGAGAAGUCUUUGAAGCUAGACCUGAAGGGGAUACAAGCAUUACUGGAUCAGAAAAUGUGGACAAAAUUCUCGCUGAAUUAUCCAUUGAGAAUCUGGAAAAGCUGUUGGGAUAUAUUAGAGAUUGGAAUACCAAUGCUAAACAUUCAGAUAUUGCACAAACCGUUCUUCAUGCUAUCCUUGCCUCUCACACAUCAGAAGAACUAGUGGAUAUUCCUACAGCCAAGGAGAUCAUUGAUGGCUUAUUACCUUACACAGAUCGUCAUUACCAAAGAAUCGAUGAUCUUAUUACACAAUCUUUUAUUAUUGAUUACACUCUUCAAGCACAAAAAUAG